AUGGAUGGAAUACCCGAACAAGAACUUGAAUCUACCGAAUGGGAACUAAUCAACAACGAUGAUUCACCAAUCGUUUCCGCAAUCACCGAUUUCAAUCCCAAUUCUUCAUCAAUCAUCAGAUCCGAUCAUUUCUCGAUUCAUCAAAACCCUAAUUCGGUUACCAGUAGUUGCAGUUCCAAUUCCGAAAUCGAUCGAAACUUCGAUGAUUCCUACGUCGCAAAUCAGAUUUUAUCAUCUUCCUCCAAUAAUAAUCUCCUCCGGUGGAAUGAUUCCGAUUCCGAUAAUUCCGAUAUUUCUGAUAAGUCCGUUAAUUCAGUUAAUUCCGAUAGCGAUGCUACGGUUACGGCCAGUUUGACCGGUGAUGGUGAGGUUGGUUUUGGUUCUGAGGAAAAAGCGGAGGAGGUAGAAGAGGAAGAGAAAGAGGUGAAAGGGGAUAAUGAGAGAUUGGUGUGGUGGAAGGUUCCUUUUGAAGUGUUGAAACACUGGGUGAGUCCUCUUUUGAUUCCUCUUCCUUUGUCUGUUGCUGCUGCUGCUGCGUUUUUAGGGCUUUUGAUAUUGGGAAGGAGGCUUUACAAAAUGAAGAGGAAGACUCAGACUUUGAAGCUCAAUCUUGCUCUUGAUGAUAAGAAGGUAGCUCAGCUCAUGGGUCGUGUAGCCCGUCUCAACGAAGCAUUUUCAGUUGUGAAACGAGUUCCCGUGGUUCGACCAUCUCUGCCAGCUCCUGCUAUAACUCUGAGGCCUGUGAUGAGUAUGAGAUGA